AUGAAUGUUGAGCUCCUGCCCAAAGAACUCUUUCAGGUUUUACUGAAAAACCUUCAACAGGAGGCCAUGACAGAAGCUAAGAACUUCACCUCUGUCAUGGCAUUCGUCCUGCUGGGACUCACCAGCCAGAGAAAAAUCCAACUUCUCCUCUUUGGGGUCAUUCUCAUCAUCUACCUGCUUACAGUUUUGGGGAACCUGAUAAUCAUCAUAUUGGUGAAGGAAGAUGUAAAACUACAGACACCCAUGUAUUAUUUUCUUUCCCAACUUGCAGGGGUAGAUAUCUGCUAUGUCACCAGCACCAUGCCUCUCAUGUUGACUCAGCUCCUGGCUGAUGAUGGAACUAUUUCUUUAACUUUCUGCAUGAUCCAGAUGUACAUUGCAUUGGCCACAGCUGCUGUUGAGACUCUCCUGUUGGGGGUGAUGGCCUAUGACCGCUACCUGGCCAUCUGCCGCCCAUUACUUUACCCAGUUCUCAUGGGCAAACAGUGCCAGUGGCAGUUCACUUUAGCUUGCUGGAUCACUGCCCCUCUGAUCUGUGCGAUUUCUGUUGUCUGUGUCGUUUGCCAAAACUAUUGUGGUCCCAAUCUGAUCAAUCACUUCAUAUGUGAAUUGCCGAUGGUGUUGAGAAUUGCUUGUGGUGAUACAAGUAUUAUUGAGGACAUCAUUUUUGGUAGCUGA